CCCACUUUAUUAAAAACACAACUCCCUUUCUUUUACUCCACAAAAAAAAAAAAAAAAAAAUGGCAACAAAUAAUGUAGUACAAUUGUUGGAUUUUUGGGCAAGUCCAUUUGGGAUGAGAGUGAGGAUAGCAUUAGCUGAAAAAGGAGUGGAAUAUGAAUAUAGUGAACAAGAUUUGAAGAAUAAGAGUGAAUUACUACUUAAGAUGAACCCGGUUCAUAAAAAGAUACCGGUUCUUGUUCAUAAUAAUAAACCGGUUUGUGAGUCUCUUAUAAUUGUUGAAUACAUUGAUGAAGUUUGGUCUGAUAAAGCUACUUUGUUGCCUUCUGAUCCUUAUCAUAGGGCUCAAGCUCGUUUUUGGGCUGAUUUUGUUGAGAAGAAGAUAUACGAUACUGGGAGGAGAGUUUGGAGCACUAAAGGCGAAGAUCAAGAGGCGGCGAAGAAGGAAUUCAUUGAGCAUUUGAAGGUGUUGGAGCAAGAGUUAGGGAGCAAACCUUACUUUGGAGGAGAUGAAUUUGGGUUUGUUGAUGUUGUUUUCAUCCCAUUCUAUAGUUGGUUUCACGCCUAUGAAACAUUGGCCAACUUCAAGAUUCAAGAAUCUUGCCCAAAGAUCAUUGAAUGGGCUAAGAGGUGCAUGCAAAGGGAAAGUGUGGCUAAAGCUCUUCCUGACCAAAUCAAGGUUUAUGAGUUUAUUUUGGAGUUAAAGAAGAGGUUGGGCAUUUAGAGAAGUUGCUUUUUUUAUGCUACAUUGUAUGGCUUGGUGACUGUAUUAAUGUAAGCCGUAUAUUAGAGAAGUUGGGUUUUUAUCCUAUAUUAUUGUAUGGUUUAGAGAAACUUAAAGCGUAUAUUAUCGUAUGAAUAAUAAUGUUACUCGACUGUUUCUAGUCUAGUGUCUCUUGUUAGACAAUCUAAUCAAUAUAUUUGGUCAGUGUUAAAUACUAUAGUA